UUGGUGGUAGUUGGCAUGCUGUUGGAAUUGUAAUUUUACUUCAACUAAACUACAUACGGAGCGCGGGAAACCACACAACAGAAAAAACUUUUUUUUUUAUUUUAAUCAGUGUAAUAUUUGGAAGCAAAAAAAACUCCCAGCUAAAUUCUAUCCCAGAAAGGAAUAGAAAAAGUAACUGUAAUAAUUAUUUCUCUCCCUCUGCGCUCUCUUCUUGUUUUUGCCCCUCUUCCGCAGGCGCUCUCUCUGUCAAUUCCUCUUGUGUUGCUGGCCGUUCUAUCGAUCUCUCCUUCUUUCUUCUCCUGGCGUUUGGCCAUGGAAGGAGAAAUCAAGCUACCGCGACCAAAGCUGUUUGUAGGAGGAGUGAAGAGGAACACCACAGGGCAAGAACUAAAGGAAUAUUUCCAACAGUAUGGCCAAGUAAAAGACGCCUUUAUCGUCUACUGCAAGCAAACUUCACGAAGCCGAGGGUUUGGUUUCGUGGAGUUUGAAGACCCAUCUGCAGCUGCUCUUGCUCUUGACGAGAAGCAGCACAACAUUCUUGGCCAAGACGUGGAUGUGGAAGUAGCUGAAUUGAAGAAAACAGAUGAUAAUGAGACUGCUGCUGGCAACGAGGGGGAGAGUCAUAGAAGAAGCAAAAGGGUAUUUGUCGGAGGCCUGCCAUCGACGAUUACUCCAGAGGAGUUUCAGAGUUUCUCUGAGAGCUUCGGAGCAGUGAGUAGUGCGAAUUUGGUGCACAACAAACACAGUGGGAAGCCACGAGGGUUUGGUUUCAUCACUUUUGUAUCAGAAGAUUCGGCGGAUAGAGCUUUGCAGAACAGAUUCCACGAGUUGAAGGGGUCGCAAGUGGAGGUGAAGAGAGCAAAUCACAAGAACAACUACGCUUAUGACAAUUUCGCCAGAAGAUACCAUGAAUAUGCUGCCCUUGCUGCCAUGAACCAUUCUUCUUAUGUUAAUGGUUAUUAUUACUAUUACUGUUAUAACCAUCUUAACUAUCAGCAAGCUUCAGGGCUCCCUUAUUACUGGGCGACACCGCCAGGGAACUACUGCCAUUUCUACCAAUCUUGUUAUCCAAUGGCUGCUGCAAACUAUGCAAGUCUUUCAGGUGACUGGUCCUAUGAUCCAGCCAAUUCAUUGCUACGUGGCUAUGGUGACAACGACGUUGUGGGACAUGGCCAAGAAGAAGCUGACAUAAAGAUUACAGACAAGAAUGGUGAAGGUCAUGAGGAACAUGUUUGGGAUGUCUUGAGGAACUUGGAUGAAGUUAAUGAUCAUUCAGAUGAUCAACAAGGACCAGAUGGUGAGAUCAGAAUUAAUGGAAGUGCAGUUCAUCAUAACGAAGUAACCGGUAGUGAGCACCAUGAUGAUAAGCAAGUUUGGAGAAACUUGGAUGGAAUGAACAGGGAAUUGAUGGAGAUCAAGGCUGGUGGUGGGGAACAUGGAGAACUAGCUGUGGAUAGAAUGCUUUAUGAAGCAGAAUUUGGGAUUGGAAAUGUUGGUGAAGUAGAUGGGGGAAAUGCUGAAGUGGUUUCAGAGAUGGUUACAUAUUCGCUGGAAAACGGGAAGGUUGAUGGUUGGAGCAUGGAAAGGAAGCCGCUAUUGAUGGAAAGCUUGGUGGCAGCAACCUGCAUCGACACUUGAAAACCGCCAGCUUGGUAGAGGUUGAUGAUGUAGUGGGGUUUGCUUACGGGUGAUUUGGGCUUUUGUUGUUUGGAUUAUGUCGCACGCUUGGGGCUAAUCCACGAGUGGAGGGCCCCCAAGAAUUGCUGUCUUUUGUGAAUGGAUGGAUUGGGCUAUUAAUUUGGUCGACACUCUUUUAUUUUUAUCCAAUUGGGGGUAGUUCUCGAUCCGACUGCGCGGCGAGGGCAAAUCAUAGGUCCACUGUAGAGGAGGCCCAAGCCCCUUCGCGUUGCGUUUCACCUUCGAU